AUGACGUGCUACAGAGUGCGCGUUGUGCUUGCUGACCCCACUGGUUCAGUGGAUGAACCAGGUGGCGAUAUAUCUGGUGUUGGAACACAACUCAGAAGUACUUAUUCGGAAAUUCCAAGCUCGUGUCAAACAGAUGGCGUUAUAAUCACUCGUCAGUUUUCAUCCGUCGUAAUGGAUCCGCCAAAUUUGUCGCAGGUUUCAUUAAGUAAUGACGCAAUUGGGCAACAAGGAACAAUAAAAAGGGACACCGAGACUGCAGCAACCAAUUCCAAUAGAAAUUCAUUACCAUUGCUGCCAAGUCGAUGUUUGAACCCUCAAUUUGCAUUAUAG